AUGCUGCAGAUGCAUGGCGGGCAACAAGAACAACGCACCGAUGACAACACCGGGGAGGGUGAUCGAGGACGUGGCAAGCUAGUCCCGCCGCUGUCAUUGCCAAAGAAUCGCAGCACGGGUAAUCUUGCCCUCUCCGCCGACGCGACAGUUGAUCGAAGUCGAUACCGCAUGUCUUUUGAGGGGACUUCGAGCUCUGCCAUGGACUAUGAUGCCCUAGCAAGGUCCUCGCAUAUGAACGACCAUGAACAUGGCGCAGGAAUCACUGGGUUGCGGCGCAUUCGCCAGCAACACCCUCCCUCUCGAGCUCCGACGAUGCCCAGCUCUACCGCCUCAUCACGAAGUCCGUCCGUUGUUGCACUCUCGCGUUCGACCUCCAUGAGCGCCAUGCUGGCGAGCACCGCCAGUAACCAACAUACCACUGGUCCGGCAUCACCGAGCUUCUCUGAAGACUUGUCACGAUUUCCCUCCGAAUCACUGCACUCCUUCUCGUUUGCCCAUCAGUCAGAAGAGUUUAUACAUAAUCGGCAGACGGUACUGAAACGCUCCAUGGAUUUCAUGAAAGAUCGAAUGGGUUGGUCGAUGAGCUCGACGCAAGCAGGACUCGCCAGCGCUCACGCUCGUGUUACAGGCGAUGUCGAUACACAAAAUAUGCUGGAACUUCUUGCACGAGCCCAGCUCAUUGGGGCUGGAAAUUUGCCAAACCCGGAUCCUGCGGCCGUGGCACCACUCACUGGCCCUGCCGAUGUGACUGGUGAAAACAUCUUCGAGAAACAGUUCAUGCCACAGCUUUCUCGGUCUAGUACCACGGCAUCAGACGCUGGAUUGGUAAUCGGUGGUCAUAUUCAAACUCCAAAAUCCCCUCUUGUUCGGUUCCAGACAUCUGAUGGCGCCGGCGUGGAUAGUCUCCCCGCCGUCCCAGAGCUGGAGCACGAGAUCUUGACCCCGGCUCAGGAUUCACCGAACAGAGACGACGAACUGGCCGACCCGAAGGCAAAGCCAACUUCCAGGCCAACGAGUUUGAAACGGACCAUGACUGAUACCCUAGGAAUUUCCAUGCAAGAUAAACUUAUGGACACAAUGGCCCAGCCAUUUUUGGCCGGGCAGCCAAUGUACGAAGAGCCACUGACGUCGCCAACGGCAUCACACGCUCCAGCGCCUGCAAUGUCCUUUCCAAGUGCAAUUAGUCCCACCCCUCACGGCCAUACCAACAGAUGGGUACCUGCAGCUCAAGCCAUCUUUACCACUGAAGCGAAGCCGCCAUGGACCAUCAUUGCAGCCAACGAUUUGGCGUGCCUCGUGUUUGGUGUAACAAAGGCCGAAGUUCGCAAAAUGGGCAUCCUGGAGGUAGUCCAGGAGGAACGGCGGGCUUGGUUGGAGCAAAAACUCCUGAGUGGCGACGAAGAAUCCGCAGAUGAUGCUAAAGAAGGAACGGUACACGAGAGCCCAGCCGCCUCUGCGGCAUCAACACUGCUUGGUGUUCGCUCGGGUGGGAUCACGGCCCAGCUUCUCAGCAAGCCUAAUUCACGCUCUCAGCCUUCCAAGUACGGAACCCGACGGGCGCAGACUGUUCAUAGUGGCGACCCAAACCCGCCGGCAGCUAGGGGCAGCGGACAGCAUCGCAGCAAUCUUUCAAGAGGCGUUCUUUUAUGUGGCGAUGUUGUUCCUAUACAAAAGCGGAACGGCGCAACGGGUUCUGCGAGUUUGUGGGUCAAGGAAAAGCGAGUUGGCUUGAUCUGGGUUCUGGAAGAGAUCCAUGAAGAUGUUGCAUACGUGACGAUCGAUGAGGAAGGCUCCGUAAAAAGCAUUUCUGGAGCAUCAGACACCAUCUGGGGAUCCAAGGCAGCCGGAUCUGAUUUUGAUGUGGCAAAACUAAUACCCCGAAUCCCCCGUCAAGGCAUUGAUCCCACGAUUGGUGAGAUUGACUUUGCCCAAAUUGCGAGGAGGAAGUUCUUCACUUGCCCCAACACUCAUCAAGUCAAUAUCCCCUGCACCGUAGAGCAAACACGUGGCAAACUCGAGCUGCGCGUGUCGACCUUCCCUCACAUGGCCGGCAUUAUUGUCGUUGACCCCGUUAACCUCAAGAUCCGGAGCUCCAAUUCAGUCUUUUGUGGGGCGUUAUUUGGCCACGAAAAGCCCGACGGACUGCCUAUUGAGUCUUUGAUUCCCGACUUCGAUAAGAUUGUCGAGAUAUUAACGCAGGAGGACGGUCUGCAAAUGCUGGAUGGCAUGGUCGUUCCCGAAGGAAGAUUCAGAAGGGCUUCGGCUUUCCUAGCCCUCAAGGAGCACCGUCCUGAUGCUGCUGCACGAUUCCUCCAGCCGGAUGGCCUGCCAGCCAGACACCGUGAUGGGUCCGACUUGAAAAUUGAUGUUCAGAUGCGUGUCGUAGAGAGUGAAAAGCACACAAACAUCGCUGAAGAGACAGUACACGAAGGAAGAGAUGAAGAUGACGCAAACAGUGGCGAUGACUCCUUCUCAGUCCCUCACAAGGAAAUGGUAUUCGCCUUAUGGAUCACAUACUCACGGCAUCUGCAUUCACAUGCUCGCUUGAAUGUUGAUUCACCUGUGUCAUCAGGCACUACCACACCGCUCCACCAACCUUCUCCGGGGCAAACUCCUCCCGUGCAUACUCCCAUAGAGAUUGCCUCAGAUGACGACGCUCCGCCAAAGAAGGAAGCGCGAGUGGCGGCCACGUUGUCGAGACAGCUUAGGGAUGUAGCUUUGAGCGCCGCAGCGAAACUUACAAGGCAACAGAAACCAACACAAGCGGGUGCCGGCGAAAAGACGACGCCAGCUAGAGCCGUCGAGCCGGCUCGCAAAACCACCAUCAAUGACUACACUAUUCUCGAAGACAUGGGCCAGGGCGCAUACGGUCAAGUCAAGUUGGCGCGGCACAAGUCUUCGGGCAAGAAGGUUGUGUUGAAGUAUGUCACAAAACGACGCAUUCUGGUUGAUACGUGGACAAGAGACCGAAAGCUAGGAACAGUACCUCUGGAGAUACAUGUACUAGAUUACCUUCGAAAACCCGAAUUCAGGCACCCCAACAUUGUCGAAAUGGAAGGAUUUUUCGAAGAUGAUGUCAAUUACUAUAUUGAGAUGGCUCCUCACGGACUGCCUGGGAUGGAUUUAUUCGAUUACAUCGAACUUCGGGCUAAUAUGGAAGAGGCGGAAUGUCGAAGUAUUUUUGUUCAAGUGGCCAAAGCCAUACACUUCCUACACACAAAGGCACUUGUCGUGCAUCGUGAUAUUAAAGAUGAAAAUGUCAUUCUGGACGGAGAGGGUAACAUCAAGCUUAUCGACUUUGGGAGUGCGGCAUACAUCAAGAGCGGCCCUUUUGAUGUCUUUGUAGGCACUAUUGAUUAUGCGGCCCCGGAAGUUUUAGCAGGCAAGCCAUAUGGCGGCAAAGAACAAGACGUUUGGGCUUUGGGCAUUCUCCUAUACACAAUCAUUUACAAAGAAAACCCGUUUUACAGCAUCGACGAGAUCAUGGAUAGAGACUUGAGAGUUCCCUUCACUAUGAGCGACGAGAGUAUCGAUCUUGUCCGCCGCAUGCUCAACCGCGAUGUUAAAGAGCGAUACGACAUUACCCAAGUGAUAAACCAUCCGUGGUGCAAAGCAGUUGAUUGA